AUGAGACCCUUUACACCGACGACCAGGAAGUUCUCUGGUCCUGUUCCAAGGGGCUCGACGCCCGUCCGGUCGAUCCUCAAGCCGGCCUCUGUUCUCGGCAGAAGAAAGGCUGAGCAUGCUGGGCUCAGCGAUCCCCUCGAGGCACCCGAAAGUCCCACCAAGCGCCGCAAGGUAUUUUUUGACGACAUCCGAAACGUAACGUACGAAGUUGGCCGGAGGACGAUGGACGAGGUCAAGCUGGAGGUCAGGACUGCUCUCGAGGAGCACCUGCGAGGGAAUGAUGGCCAGUAUGAUACUCUCAAGGAGCUGUUUGCCAGCGACAAGCAGCGCUACCUGCCGCCCGUCGUCGGUGAAGAAGACGACACUUUGAAGCCCCAUGAGCUCCAGGUCUACGUCAUGGCCCUCACGGGCUGCAUUCCCAUCCUCAAGGACAAGGCCUGCAACGGCCUCGUCAAGACUAUUCUCAAGUGCUCCUGGCUGGGACGAGACGACGACUUUGUCAAGGUCUUUACCCACUUCCUGGCCGCUCUGGUCAGUGCUCAAGGGUCCUACCUGUCGCCUGUUCUGGCCAUGAUGGUGGGCAAGUUCUCUGAUAGCCGUCCCUCUGUCUGGAGUGUGCCAGACUUUCCUGAGGUCAGCCGCGAAACCAUGCGGGAUAGAUUACACGGCACCCUGCAGUAUUUGCUCCAGAUGUUCCCAUCCGCUGUCCCUGUGCUGGAGAACCUCCUCGGCUCCAACUUUCCCUUUCCCGACCAGUCGAUGCGUGUCCACAUGGCCUACGUCGACAACCUGCUGCGAAUCAAGAAAUAUGUGCCCCUCUUGCGCGACGAGGUGCUCGACCUGAUCCUCAACCGGGUUGUCAAAAUCGACUCUCAGAUGCAGGUCGACCUGGAGGAUCUGGACGAUGACGUGACUGCCGCCGUCAUGUACGCGCUGGGCGAUCACUCACGCGCGGACAAGUGGGAGGACGACGGAGACGACGAAAGCGAUAACGAAUCGGUCGACAGCGAUGAUCCAGACUUUGAUCAAGAUGCGGCGAGAAUCCAAUCGAUCAAGGGAAGCGUGGAAAAGAUGGAUGCUGUCCUGGACACCCUCUUCCGCGUCUACACCCCUCACUUUACCAACCCCGGCUCGGACACGGCCUUUGACGCGUUUACGGUACUGCUUCGCGAGUUCGACCACAUGGUGUUGCCCACCUACAAAUCACGACACACACAAUUCCUCAUCUUCCACUUUGCGCAGAUGCACGAGCGGCUGACGGAUGCUUUCUGCGGCCAACUUAUCGCGACGGCCUUUCAAAGCAACACACCCAACGUGCUCAAGCAAGCUGCUGCAGCCUACCUGGCCAGCUUUGUGGCUCGCGGAUCCCAUCUUCCAGGCAGCUUGAUCCGCAACAUCUUUGGGCUUCUGCUGCAUCAUCUGGACACGUACCGUAAGAAGUACGAGCCUCUGUGCCGCGGACCGGACCUGAAGCGAUUCCAUCCUUACUACAGCCUCGUCCAAGCCACACUCUACAUCUUUUGCUUCCGGUGGCAAGAUCUGAUUGUGUCAACACCAGAGUUUGUGGACCGCGACGACCCUGCCUCGUACAUCGGACAGGAGAUGGAGUGGAUGGGAACCUGCAGAAAAGAUCUCUCGAUCCAGAUCUUUGGCAAGCUCAACCCGCUCAAGGUCUGCGCCCCCGUUAUUGUCGAGGAGUUUGCCAAGAUAGCGCACCGUCUCAACUUUAUGUACGUGUAUCCGCUGGUGGAGGGAAACAAGCGGGUUCGCCUAACGCAAUAUCUCUCGUCAACCUACUCAACAGGCGGUGCUCUGCGAGACGCGGGAUACGAGAUGCAGGACGAGAGCUACCAUCAGCUGGACCCGUAUUUCCCGUUCGACCCGUACCAACUCCCAGUCAGCAAGCGAUGGCUAGAAGGUGAUUACGUCCACUGGAAGUCGAUACGCGGACUGAACGCGGAGGACGAUGACGACAGCGACGACCUCGAGGAGCUGGACGAGGAUGAUUUGGAGGAGGGAACGGCGACAGACAGCGAGGGGGAUGACUACGAAUAG